AUGUCUUCAUCAUCCGCAAACGUUUUGUUCAUAGUAUUUUAUCUCGUUAUUUUUCUAUUUGCUACAUCUGAUCUUAAACGAUUUAUUUUUCAUGUUCAUAUUUCACGUGUCGAUCGUGUACCUGUUGAGUACGAUAUUGAUUCAUCAUCAACAUCAUUAGCAUUAUGGUAUCCAAUAUUAAUUGGUAUUAUUUUUAAUAUAUUCAUUUUAUUAUUUUCCAUGGUAAAUUUAAUCAUUAUCUUAUGUCAACGAAAUUUAUCAAGUCAACUUUUUAUUUCAACAUUUAUUCUAUCAUUAUUAUUUACAAUUCGAUUUAUUAUCAAUAUAACUGUUACAAAAAAUCGAAAUGGUCUUUCAACACCAACGCUUGUUGAACGAUCUUUUUUUGCACCGUCAUUAUCAUUAGAAGAAGAACUGACAACAAUAACUAUGGAUUGGUUUAUUAAAAUAAUUGGUUUUAUUAGUACAUUUAUUAUGUAUCAUCGAAAAAAACAAGGACAAUCAAUGAAUAUUGAAAAUCAACAUGAACUAAAAUUAAUGUCUGAUUUUGAAUAA